ACAACAUGCCGUGAUAAUCACGUCAAAAUCCAGUGAUGUCUACCACCAUGACGUGAUGUGACAAGAAUGGUACGUCAUAUUGACGUGAUACAAAUGCCUAAUGAAUGACGUCAUAUAAAUACGAAAAUGGGACGUGAUAAACACGUCAUUAUUAUGACUAUUUUAUUGGAUAUGCUUAAUUUAUAUCAAUAAAUUUAUAGUAGCAGUGUAUAGGUGUGUUUAAUAAAGCCGCCCAGUGCACAAUCACUGAAUAUGGGAAUUACGAUAUUCUUUUUUACCGCCUUUUAUCUUCGGUACCUGACGUUACAAUUCGGGUUAUGUUCGUUUUUUGUCAGCUAUCAUGCGCAACGUGAAUCGUUAGCGUCCUCCGUAUAAUAAAAAAGAUGGAGUUUUUAGGUGUGGAGUUUUCUGCGUCUUGUGGGGGCGGUUUAGCUAUAAUUAACAGAAACUGGUUAACGCCAAGAAAAAAAAAUGCCUUCUGGCCACCCUACAAAACUCAAUCUGUGUACGAAAAAGCAUUAAAAACGGGAGAGACACCAAAUGAAGCAAACUGGAAAAUUUAUCCUGUUUCUAGGUGCUUCUUCGAAACAGAUGAUUACUCGAAAGCAAGGUCAAAACUAAAGAGAGCCGAAUUACAGUCCGAUGUUCAAUCAGAUGCCGAUGAGGAUUCGUGUUUAAGUAAGAGGGCUAUUCAUCCUCCAAAACGGUUGUGCUAUGAAAGCAGUGAUGAAGAAGGGUCACUCAGUACACUUCCUGCACCACCUCCAAUAAAUAUCUCAGAGCUUUCUAAAAAUUUAUUAAAUGCAGAGUCGGCAGGUUCGCCGGGUAGAUCUCCACAUUCAAAUCCAAUUUCUAUUAAAAAGAAUCGUCCUUCAAAGGCCUCUUUAAUUAUCUCGGAACACGAUAGACAAACUCCGGCUAAAUAUAAUGAUGUCACGUCAGGUUGCUCAAGUUCACUACAAUCGACUCCGUACAGGAUAAGAAAUAAACUCUUCAUACCUGAUAAUCUAGCUGAUAAUUUAGAAACUGAAGAUACAGAAAUUUGUGAAACAUUAAAUGAAGGACAAUCAGGUCCAUCAAGUGUAUUAAAUUCACGAGUUUCGAGUCCUAAUUUGAAUCAUACCAUUGUUGAUGUGGAUGAUUUGCUACGUGGAACUCAUGUUGAUUACCAUGAUAAAAAAUAUAAGACUUUAUUGCGGUUACUGAUCCACAUCAAGUCUCAAAAUGAUCAUGUUGCUAAGCAAAAUGAAGCCAUUUUAAAGUCUUUAAAGAAGAGAGAAGUUUUACAACAAAGUAAUACCUCAUAUCAACUGCCCAAUGACGUCCCUGUGAAAAUCCCCAUACAACAAUUACUGGAAAUACCAAUAAUUGAGGAAUACCUAUCUGAAGAAGAUCACCUAUGUGCUAUGAGUGCAUAUUUAUCCACCUUAGGUGGCCGCGACAUUACAACUAAAACAAAUACUAUUUUGAGAAGUGUGAUCUCAAACAAAGUAGCAAUCAAUUUCAGUUUUUUGGGAACCCGUAACAAUAAGCAGGCAUUUACUAAAUUAAACUUAAAUAAAUUGAUUAUUCGGGCUGUGCAGUUAUCAACGCCAAAUACACCAGAGCAUGAAAUCAACGAAAAUGUGAAAGUCUGGUUGAAACAUGCUCCUCAGAGACUGACACUCGAAAAUAAAAAACAAAAAGAAAAUAAAUAGGUAUGUUAGUUGUACAAGAAUUAAUUUU